AUGUCAAGCCCCGACUACUACAAGAUCUUGGGCAUCACCCAAGAUGCGACCCAACAACAGAUCCGCACUGCCUACAAGAGGGAAUCACUAAAGUCCCACCCGGAUCGAGUCCCCGCCGACUCCCCGGAGCGACCAGCCCGCACCAGGAAAUUCCAAGACAUCAACGACGCCUACUACACCUUAUCUGACUCCACACGUCGUCGCGACUAUGACUCCACUCGAGCCUUCGAGGCCGAGACCGAGACUGAAGCGGAGGAGGAGGUCCCGCACGGUGGAUUUUCCUGGUCUAACUUUGGCUUCGGUGGUAGUCGCGACGAUCGCGACAGCGACCAGUUCGGAUCGGUGUUUGAGGAGAUGCUGCGGGAGGAAGGUCUCGCCGAGGAGAAUGAUGGAGAGGGCGGCAGGAGAACACGCCCGACUGGGAGAUUCUGGGCUCUCGUUGGUGGUGUCAGUGGGGGCGCGAUGGGUUUCAUCGUUGGCAACUUCCCUGGUGCCGUUGCCGGUGCUGUCGCGGGCAACCGUCUUGGUGCUGUCAGAGAUGCAAAGGGGAAGAGUGUCUACGAGGUUUUCUUGGACCUCCCGACGCCCGACCGGACGAGGCUACUGAGUGAGCUGGCGGCGAAGGUCUUCCAGUCUACUAUGGGUCACUGA